AAAAAAGUUAAAAAAUUGUAAAAGUUCGUAGUGGUUUUACUGUAACAAGCAGACAACGCUUCAUUGAGGGUUGAAUUUCAUCGGCUUUUUGGCCGGCUACGGGCCGAAAUCUUUGCGUUUCUCUUGUACAACAUUGACAACGUGUGUCGCAGAAAGAGAAAGAAAUUAUGAAACUCGAAGAACUCAUUGAAAAAUUACAUGCUCUCUUCGCUGAAAAAGAAGUAAAUAUUGAUGUCGUAAAACACGUAAUGGAAUCUUAUGAGUCCAACUUGGACGAUUGGGGGAAGUAUGCGUAUUUCAGUCCUCACAGGUGAAGAAAAAAAUUUAACAAAAACCUGUUAAAAUCGUAAUAUCUGUGCUUGAUAUUAUAUGUCUGAUAUUUGUCUCUGCUUGAUAUUAUUCAUUUAUUCUUAUUUGCCAUUUGUUUAUUAAUUGUUUCCGAUGUAGAUAUACCCGAAAUUUGGUUGACAGAGGAAAUGGGAAAUUUAACUUGAUAUUAUUAUGCUGGGGUGAAGGACAGGGAAGGUAUAUAAAUAAUAGUUGAAGAUACAGAGGCAAUGAAACUUGCAAUGCAUUUUCAGAUACGCAGCUGUGUUAUUAAAAAAACUAUAUUUACCCUCCCAGCACUUUCAAUAUGCAAUAAUAUACUCUUAUAAGGAAUGAAAAAAUGUCAGGGAAAAUAUUGGCUGAAUAAAUAGUGCCAGUGGCUCUGUGGCUGUUGCUCAGAAUAUUCCAGCAACUUAACUUGAUUUGUUAGAAAUUGAGUUGCAAGUUGCAACAGCUCCGGACAGGAAAAUGUAAUGACAAAAAUGUAAAUAUUUUUAUUCAAUAUAUAUUGGUGUCUGGUGGUACUGCAUGAUAAAUUGAACCUCUUGAAUGAUGUUAAAAUGGAAGGUCAUUAUACAUAUUAUAUUACAAUUGAUAUAUUCAUUUUCAUCUUAUCAUAUUACGGAGUGAACAAUAACACAACAUAACAUAACACUUGCAAACCUUGUAUAGUUCGAUGCUGAAUGAAUAUAAAACAAGUAUGUUUAUGUCAUUCAGUAUAUAGUUCAUAAUUUCCAGUCUUAAAUCCGUCUGACCAUGUAGCUCAAUUGGUAGAGCCUCGAUCUUGUAAUUCAAAGGUCGCGGGUUCAAGACCCAGCCGCGGUAGACAAUAUCUUUCUGCUUGCGCCGGGUAUGGAAAUUAUGAAUUACACACUGGAGAACAUUUUCAUACUGCUGAAAAAUACUGCAAAACGGCUUAUGACCCAGGCCCCAAUAGUUUGACAACCCUGUUCUUGACCUGGAAUGUCUAUCUUUAGUGGUGUGCAUGACCAUUCUGGCUCGCAUUGUUUCAUGAAGAUAAUGGAAGGACAACUAAAAGAGACGUUAUUUGCCUGGCCUCAUGAUCCGAGUGUUGAAGAACAACUUACUGAAACUGCCACCAAUAUUUAUAAAAACAAUGAAGUUACAUACAUUUGUGGUAAGAUUUAAUAUUUCAAAUCUUUUCACCUGUGUUGAAUCUUGAUAUAAUUUAUCAAUAUUGAUCAUAUUUGCCAAUAUUAAAUAACAAAACUUCUGUUGGUAGAGAUGUAACUACCUGAAAAAACCGAGGAGAUAUUUGACAUUUCGAGCACAGAUUACUUACAUACAGAGGUCCCACCUCUGUGGGAAAACUGUAAGGUAGUUUUUACCAAAAUAGCUGGUGGCCAUGUUCUUAGCAAGUGUCCUAAAGAGAGGCAUUCACUCCCCUGGAACAUUAAAUUUCAAUAUGUUUUCAGGGGGGUGACUGCCUCUCUUUAGGACAGGCUAAAGUAACAUGUAGUGGGACCUCUGUAUGUACUUACUCUGUAUGUGUUUCGAGCGAAGGCCCUUCAUCGAGAAGUUAGUAGCGGGGUCAUGAGAAUUACAUGAGCUUUUGCACUAGUGAAUGUAAAAGUGAUCAUGUGACAAAAAAUAAACCAAUCAAAUGGAUUUAGUCAAAACAAAGUGUAAAAAAAAGUAAAUCACAUUACAGAAUAUAUUAAUACAAAUAUACAGAAAACUAAAACAAUUAUAAAAAUAACUGCUAAGCUUAAAGAUUGCUGAUUAUUGGCCUCUACAUAUUGCAUCACUCUGUUUUUACUUUAUUAUAAGAAAGCUGCGGAUUGAUGGAUUAUAAAAUCCUAAAAAAUUCUUUCAAUUCCCUAGAAAAUAUAGUUUUUAAAAGAAUUAAAACUAUUUCCUGAAUUAAAUACGAAUUUAAUAUGAUACAAAGCUAAUAUUUAUGUAUUAAUCUGCUGAACAAUGGAAUUGCAGGCUUUGCUUGCACUGUGUGCCCACAGCAUUUGUACCAGCAGAGACACAGUAGACACUGCAUAGACAGUUCUGGUUUAUGAACAGUAAAUAUUAGACUAGAAAAAGCCUUCAUAUUACUUUAAUUUGUUGUUUUGCUUGUUUUUAAUAAGAUUAUAUAUAAGCUUACUAUGCAAUGAUAUUAAUUAAAAUUGAAAAAAUGGUCAUUAUUUUUAUUGCAUUUAUUGCAAUAUUAUCGAAUAUCGUGAUAAUUUCCUUGGCAAUAAUCAUGAGAUGAUUUUUUUAAUAUCGCCCAACCCUACGUUUGAGAUUACUUCAUCAAGGCAUUAAUUUAUCGUUUACAGAUCAGAUUGGUCUUCACCGUGUUGAGAAUGAAAGCCAUUCAAAUCGUGCUGCUUCGCUUCAUCUGUAUUCGCCACCAUUUGACAUUGCACAGUCGUUCGAUCAACGAACAGGCAAAGCUUUCGAAUGUCACGUCACAUUCUACAGUGAAAAUGGGGAAAUUAGCAAAUAAGAAAUGGAGAAAUUUAAAAGGAAUGAAUUGUCCAGGUAAGAAAAAUCUUGUCUAUUGAACCAAAAAUGUGUCUAUUGAACUAAAAAUCUUGUUAACCAUAGUAGACAGUCUAUUACUACAUAUAGAAUAAUAUAUACUUGAUAUGGUGCAUUGCCUGUUUCUGGUUUAACAUUAUAUAAAACUCAUGAUUUUUUCUGUGUUGGUGUAAUGUACUCAGGUGAAUACGAUGCUUGUGAUGUUACUCUGAGUGUAUAUCCACACCGGGCAAGCAUGUGGAUAUACACUCAGAGUAACAUUUUCAAGCUUGCCCAGUGUGGAUAUACACUCAGAGUAACAUCACAAGCAUCAUAUUCACCUGAGUACAUUACACCAACACAGAAAAAAUCAUGAUUAUUAUUAGAUAACAUUGAUAUCGAAGGAACUAGAUUCUAUUCCAAAAUAUCACUUACUCGACCAGGCCGCGCAGCUCAGUUGGCAGAGCAUUGGGGCUAGUAUUCCAAAGGUCGUAGGUUCAAUUCCCACCGUGGUCAGGCAUAUUUUUCAAGCUUGCCCGGUGUGGAUAUACACUCCGAGUAACAUCACAAGCAUCAUUAUAUAAAACUAUUCUUUUUGAAAUUGUUCUAAAAUAUUAUUUUUUUUAAAUUUUAGAUUAAUGUUGGCAAGUUUCGCAGUAUGGCAGUCUUUAUAUGAACUAUAUGAACUAAUAUUUUUAUUUAAAAUAAUAUACCACAUGGACAUAUUUAUAUUAUAACCCUAUACGUACUCACCAUAGAAUGUGUAACCUUUCUUAAAAAACUCAUUAAUAGUUAAUGAGCAAAGUACAAAAGAAAUGAAUGUUUAAUCAAUGUUUGUAAAUCGGAUAAAGAUUUGUCCUGAUUUACAUAAACUUCAGCUUUGAAUUUCUCGGCUUAGACAAUGUUUAUUUUAAAAAUUACUUCGCCAAUGAACUCAUAAAAUGGGUCGUUUUUUAGGCACGUUAAUUAAAACAUUCACAUCCGAUCUUUAUCUAGUUUCAUAAACUAGUUUUUCGUAUCUCUGAGGAUGGUUCUGAAAUAGAUCUUUAUCUGAUAUACAAACUCUCGCUUUCAGAUAAAGAUUGGCUGCUAAUGUUUUAACUAGUACAUAAAGCAUGUACCGGGUGGCCCAAAAAAAAGUACUCCUGUUUGAUUCGUAAUAACAUCUAAACAAGUAUAGCUUUUAAAGAGAAAUAACUUGCAUCAAAUAGAGGAAGGACUAACUUAGACUUUGAUAUAUUACAGUUGUAUUUCACUUAAAAAUUCACGGAGAUAUUAAUCUUUAAAUUCGGGAGGAUAUUUCUGGAUGUGUCUGAAAUAUGCAAAAAUCGGCGUAUCAAAUAUUAAUCAAGAUUUGCCCGACUGAAACAUGCACUAUUACCAGUAAAUAAAUGACACUUGACAAAUUGUUUAUUAUGAAACAAAGUAUUAUUAUAUCUACAAAAUACAACCAAGAUUCAUUCGUCC